AUGUCCAGCCGCAACAAUCAGACCCACCGGCCUGUCGCGACCGAUCAUUCGGGCGAUGUCGAGGACGGCGAUAACCGAGGAGCCAACGCAGGAGCGGAGGAAGCUGCUGGCGAAGUUGUCGGGAGCUCCCAAAACGCUGCCAACGUCUCUCCCGUUCCGAUCAUCAAUGCAGGUGAAGGGGAACACCCCACACAGGCCUUCUUAGACGUUCACAAGAUCUGUUGUAAGCAUGCCAUUGUCCUCCAUCCUCUCCCAAGGAAUGCUGAGAUUGAUGCCGAGGUUGACCUAGACCCUCUCAAAGUAGCCUAUUAA